AUGUCUGAGUACUGGAAGUCGACGCCCAAGUACUGGUGCAAACACUGCACCACCUACGUCCGCGACACCAAGCUCGAGCGCACCAACCACGAAGCCACCGCAAAGCACCAGAGCGGCCUGAAGCGAUUCCUGCGCGACCUCCAUCGCGGCCACGACCAGGAGCAGCGCGAGAAAGACCGUGCCAAGCGCGAGAUCGAGCGCCUCAAUGGCGUUGUCGCCGGCACCUCUACCUCCGCCUCCUCCACCUCUGGACCCAUACCACCCCCAGCGCCCACUCCAGCCUCGUCGUCCGCCGUCACCAAUGCCCAGCGCCAGAAGCAGUGGGAGCAGCUCGCCGAUUUGGGCAUCGACGUCCCGACCGAGCUGAGGCGCGACAUGGCCAUGGCCAGCGAAUGGACCGUCACCAACACCAGGGUCAUCGACCAUACCCCGAAAACCGAUGAUCCCGAAGCCAAGCCUGAAAAGGUCGACGCCAUCGCCACCGGUGUACGGAAAAGGACGAAACCAGAGGGCGCCGAGGAGGCGGAAGAGGAAGACGUCAUCAAGGGUCUCUUCAAGAAGCCCAGGAAAUGGGGGCGUGAUACGAGGGAAGCCCCAGCCGACGAAGCCGACUUGGAUGCCUUGCUCAACACUACCCUGAUCAGACCGGUUAAGAAGGAGGAAGAUGGGAACGACUCUCAACCACCCGUCAAGCAAGAGCGCCCGACGGUCGUCAAGAGGGAGGACCUCGUCGAGGUUGAGGUUGAGGUUGAGGCUGAGGCUGAGGCUAAGGUUUUGUCCCACGCCCCGCCUGUUGCAGUGGAUGGUAUUGAUGCCACGCCCAUUAAGAGAGAGGCCGGCACCGAGACUGAAGCACCCACCGUCGUCUUCAAAAAGAGAAAGCCAAAACAGGUUCGGCAAAAGUGA